AAAGAGGGGAAAAAGAAACACCUUGCUAGGAAGAGAUGCUGGGAGGGAGAGAGCAACAAGUGCCAGCGGUCGGGGAGCUUGCAGCAGUGCCUCAGCUCGAGGUGGCUCCUCUGGCUGCCCUCCCUCUCUGGCACACGCGUAACACGAAACUUCGCAUCUCCACGACAACCAAUAACAAAAAAAAAGGGCAGAGACAACAGCUGGCUGUCAGCAGCAGCGCAGAGAGGAGCCGAGAGAGGAGCGAGAGACCAGCCAGGAUGAGGUGGAGAGAUGACGUGAAAGUUUAAGAAGGCAGAAAGGAAAACAAGAGGAGCAGCAGAGUUGGUGGCGCGGCUGGGCAUAAAGCCUGGAGAGGUUGAGCCAGAAUGUCUUCUGAAGGCUUUCUGAAGGAAAUGCAAACCAUUGGUGAGAAGUUUCUCCUUAAGCUCCAGAAACUGCCCAAGGCUGACCCAGUGGAGAUUGUGUCCUUCUGUGUGGUUCUUCUGUUUAUCGUUACUGUGCUGGUGCUCAUGGUCAUUGCCUGCAGUUGCUGCUGCUACAGCUGCUGUAGCUGUGAUGGACACUCUGACCACAGAAGGAGGAAGAUCCAGGUCCGCCCAAUUGCCCAUUCAUGAAGUGCAACAAGAGGUGACACAACCUCCUAUCGAGGACAUCAUGAUUCAGUCCUGUGGAAAUGCCUUUAUGCACUAGCUCACUGAAAAUGGCAAUAACAAUAUUAAUUAACAUGACUCAGAGGACCAGGAAUCACAGCGUGGAAUUCCUUCUUUCUGUGACAGCCACUCCUGGGCUUCAUGGUCUGACCAGAAAGUCUCCAGGUGCAGUAAGGGGUUCCCUCACCACAGGCCAAGAUCUCUUGGAGGAGGUGCACAGGAGAGACCAGAAGAAACACCUACUACAAGCACAACAGCAUCAGCAUGGUGGAAGCCAACAUGUCAUCAGAGGCAUCCUCAAUUCUGGACAACCUGAAGAAACUGAUUGAAGCAAGUGACUGGGCUCUUGGAGGGCUAGUGGUGAUUAGCACUUUCUGUCUUGUUUUUAUUGCUCUCCUCUUAUUUGCUGCCAUCUUUGGGUGCUGCUCAUCUCCAAGGCACAAAAGGAGUCGUUGAUGAACAGCAAAGCUGAGAUGCAGUACUGAGAGCCCUGAGCUAAGCAAGAAUCAGCCCAGAUACAACCUGAUGGUGUUGUUCAUAGAAAGCUUUCUCAUCUUCUCUCUCUGGGUAUUUUUUUCCUCCUUAUGCAACUUUUCUACAUCCAGAACAAUGCACCAAUGCCAGCAAGUUGCUCUCCAAGUCCACAGCAAACUCCAUUCAUAAGGCUGUCUGUAUUCAGGAACUGCAUGACUAGCCAAAUACCAAAGUCAACUCAUCUCUGCCUGAUUUUCAUCUUUCAAGCAAAGCCACCAGUUAUGUGGUGGUUGUCCAUUUGCCACCUCUAAAACUGAUAAAAGAUGUCUUCCACUGCUGCAGUAACAUGUUUGGUUUGUGGUUGGUUUGAUUUUUUUUUUUUUCCUGUUUUGCAAGUGGGCAUCA